AUGAAUCCGCUACUAACUACUACUAGGAAGCAGCAUAUCAUCAUCAGAAACCUCUCUCAAUUGCUAGCAAAACCCUUAAUCUCAACUCGGGAAACAAUUCUCCUUGGCCCACCACAAAUCUACGCCGCUGUAACGGCGCCCUCCACCACCACCACCAACGUCAAAGCUGACCCGUUCAUGGAUCUGAUGACGGCCAGUUACAACAAUGCCGCCGGCCACAUGAAUCUCCAAAACCCAACAUCAUCAAGAAUGGGUUUCACUGAAAACCGUUCCCCAACUUUGCUCUCCAGUGGAGACCCUUGCUUGGACUUUUUCUUCCACGUGGUCCCCGAUACGCCUCGAGAAACCCUAAUUCAAGCCUCCAACUCGCCUGGAAUGCCAAUCCGUCGACCACCCUCAAGCUCAUAUGCAAUCUCCGCAGCGUAA